GACAGGACGAAGACCUCCUGUACUGUAGAAUGUAGUAUGGACCAUAGGACAGGACGAAGACCUCCUGUACUGUAGAAUGUAGUAUGGACCAUAGGACAGGACGAAGAAGUCCCGUUAAGAAGCUGUGGAGGCCUAAGAUGCUCUACUAGUCUGCUGGAAAUCCAAAGAAGACGAAGGAGUAAAAAGCAAAAUGGCGUUUGACAGAGAAGGCCUAAACGUGGCCACUGGCCAUUAUUGUUUCUGUAUUUGUAUUUAGUGCAUACAUGUACGCAUAUAUGUCGUGUAGUGGAUGAAACAUCGUUAGUAAUUGUUUGUAUCCGGAUACAUUAGUCUGAGCGCACUUUAUCGCGUCUUGUGCUAGCUUAGCUUGCUAGUUAGCUUAGCUUGUUAGCUGCUGACAAAGAGACGCGGACGUUGUCAACACAUCGCUAAGUAGAGAUCAAAUGUGAGUGUCAAGUGUUGUGAUUGUGUGAAAAUGUGCGAAAGAACGAUAGCAAAGUAUGAGGAGGAACUUUGUCCAACAAAAGAGGAGAAGGAGCGACAACAUCAACUACUGGACGCUGUUUUCAAGAAACAUCAAGUUGUGUUACACAGAACAGACGUCCAGCAGCCCCCCCACAUUAAAGAGGAAGAGGAGGCUCCACAGCCGCCCCACAUUAAAGAGGAAGAGGAGGAAUGUUGGAUCACUCCGGAGGGAGAGUGUCUUCUAGGGCAGGAGGAGGAUGAUCUCACCAAGUUUCCACUGACUGUUGUCUCUGUGAAGACUGAAGAGCAUGAAGACAAACCACCUGAGUCCUCACAGCUUCAUUACAGUCCAAACGUCUGUGAAGAACAACUUCUGCCUGAAAAACAGGAGUGUAGCUUCAGGAUGGUGAAGGAGGAUCCAUCAAAGAGGAAGAUGAGGCUCCACAGACCCUCUGGCAUCUCCUUUUCCUCUUUGACACAGACCCUUCCCUGUAAAAAGGAAGAGGAAGACUCACUGACCCCCCACAUUAAAGAGGAAGAGGAGGAACACAGCAUCAGUCAGGAGGGAGAUCAUCACGAAGGACUGGUGGAGUUCCCAGUGACUGGUGUCCCUGUGAAGAGUGAAGAUGAUGAGGUCAAAGGUGAAAGUGAGGAGAAGAGAGAGGCGGAGCCUCCAAGCAGCAGCUCAACACAACACAUGACAACAGAAGCUGAUGGAGACCACUGUGGAGGAUCACAAGCAGACAAGCUCUUAGCUCCACUAUCAGAUAGUGAGGACACAACGUCACACUCUCCUGACGCUGAUGAUGAAGACUCUAAAGAUGAUAAGACAUGUCACACUGACAACACUCACUUCACAUGUUCUCACUGUGACAAAACCUUUAAGAACCAUUGGCAUCUGAAAAGACACAUGAGAACACACACUGGAGAAAAACCUUUUACCUGUUCAAUCUGUAGUAAAGGUUUUGUAGAAAGUCGCAAUUUGAAAGUGCACAUGAGAACACACACUGGUGAAAAACCUUUUUCUUGUUCAAUCUGUGGCUUAUCUUUUACGAGGAAGGAACAUUUGAAAGUGCACAUGGGAACACACACUGGUGAACAACCUUUUUCCUGUUCAAUCUGUAGUAAAGGUUUUGUAGAAAGUCGCAAUUUGAAAUUACACGUGAGAACACACACUGGUGAAAAGCCUUUUGUCUGUUCAAUCUGUGGUAAAGACUUUGUACAAAGUAACCAUCUGACAAGACACAUGAGAACACACACUGGUGAAAAACCAUUUGUCUGUUCAAUCUGUGGUAAAGGCUUUGUACAAAGUAACCAUUUGAAAACACACAUGAGAACACACACUGGUGAAAAACCUUGUCCUUGUUCAAUCUGUGACUUAUCUUUUACAAGGAAGAAACAUUUGAAGAUACACAUGACAACACACACUGGUGAGAAAACGUUUUCCUGUUCAAUCUGUAGUGAAGGUUUUGUAGAAAGUCACAAUUUGAAAGUACACAUGAGAACACACACUGGUGAAAAACCUUGUAUCUGUUCAAUCUGUCGUAAAGGUUUUACAAAAAGUCAGAAUUUGAAAAGACACAUGAGAACACACACUGGUGAAAAACCUUUUUCUUGUUCAAUAUGUGGCUUAUCUUUUACAAGGAAGGAACAUUUGAAAGUGCACAUGAGAACGCACAUUGUUGAAAAAACGUUUUCCUGUUGAAUCUGUGGUAAAGGUUUUACAAAAAAAUCAGUGUUUGCUUAAGACACAAGAAAACACACACUGGUGAAAAAUCACAUUCCUGUUCAAUCUGCAACAGAAGCUUUUGUGACCAAUCAAAUCUUGUAGCACACAUGAGAAGACACACAGGAGAGAAAGUGUUGAGUUGCAAUGUGUCUGUGGUGAAAGAUUAUCUUAUAAGUACCAGUGUAAGAAACAGCAGCAGCAAAUGAAACUGCAGGAUUUGAAAUAAACUGUCAAGACUUUAAUUUUGACUUUCUAUCAACAUCAGCACAUACGGCAUGUGUGACAUUGUUGUUUGUGUAACAAUCUUUUUGAUAUGCUUCUACAUUUAUAGAUGAUAUAUUUUAUAUUAGUGCUUUUUUCAGUCAAGUAAAUGCAUUAAUAUGCAACAUUGUAUACUUUUAUUAAAAAAUGAACAGAACAAUUUGGUGAGAGUAAACAGUACAAGACCUAGUUUACAUACAAUAAACAUUUUAUGUGUAUAUACAUUCAUUGUACGAUUUUAGACUUAUUCAUAAUUAGGGAUGAUGUUUGAUAAGAAAUUAUCGAAUUUGAGCCUGUUAUCGAAUCCUCUUAUCGAACCGAUUCCUUAUCGAUUCUCUUAUCGAAUCCAGAUAGGUUGUUGUAUAUGGAAAAAAACACAAUAUUUGGUUUAAUAAAAGUUCACAUUUAUUUUAUAAUAAAUAACAUAAAUAUUGACUGUUACCCUCCUAAAAAAAAUACAACAAAUAAAUAUUGACUGUUGUUACCCAAAGUAUAUUAAGUGGGAUUUUUCAGAAAAACUAAUAUAUACAGUAACACAAAAACAACCUGUCUCUGUGAUCACUAUAGGUGUAUAAAUAAUAAUAUAGUGUUAAAUAAAGUCAGUCCCUUGGGCACAAAACUGAAAAUAAUACAGCUCUCCAAAAAGUGCACUUCUGCUGCUAUUGGAACAUACUAACUACACACACAGCACAGACAGCUAACAAACAAUCCAAGACAUCUAAUAAAGUUCCAAAGCAGAUUAAUCCAUUUAGGCUCUUUAUUGUUGUUGAUCUUGCUUUGUCUUUUCCUAACUUUAAUUUUGUCUUGCACUGGACUGUUUUUUUUUUUUUUUU